UGUUGAGGGGUGAUAGAGAGGGAGCGAGCCUUCGGUGGAACGGGCUGCUGGCGAACGGGCUGAGCUCUCCCCCAAGACACACCACGAGGCGCGAGGGGGGAAGCACAAGGGGUUUAUUUCUUUGGGCUGGCAAGGUUCCGUGACGGCAGAGCAUCGGCCGAACACCGGGCAGUCCGUCCGUGCGCUUGUGAGAGAGAGAGAGUGAGGAGCUUUGUGCUGCUGUGUGGCGAUGGGCACGCAUGAGGGAGAGGUUCCCAUGGGGAUGACGGAGGACGUGGGCGACACUCAGGCAGAGGCGGACAGGUGGAACAGCAAAGUUUGCCGGGCGGAGUUAUUUGACACACAUGCCGGGCGAGCACCACCGUGCUGAAACGUGUGCAUGGCAUACAUGUAUCGCGCUACCGCAGACCGCAGACAGCAGUAUUCCGGUGCCCGGAUGAUUGUCUGGGGACUUGAGACACACAAGCGGCUGCUAUUAAUGCAAGACUUCUUUUACCUCGGAGAUAUUUCUGUGGGGUGAGAGUUGAUUCAGUUUUUGUUUGGUUGAGAGACGGCGGGGCGGGGCUGUGUUAGUCUGCAUGAGAGCUGAAGAGUGCUACUGCUUGCUGUAUAUCUGUACAAUAUACAGCAAUAAAUCGGCGUACCGCUGUGCGG